UUUGCACUCUAAUCGAGCCAACACGAACUCCCCGACGACAUCACCAGCCACGCCGCCGCCGCCGCCGCCGCCUCCCCGUGCGCGGGUUCGUCGGGGUGCCCCCUCACCUGUCGCCCCCCUCGCGUCGACGGCCUUCGGCGCCUCAACGUCGCCGGCGGCCAGCCAGCCAGCCAGCCCCGCUGCCCGGCUGCUCGCGCGACGCGCCUCGCCCGCCGCGAAGGGACCCCGCCCAGGAGCUCUACGGACGACAUCUCCCUCGAUGCAUCGAAUACUAUCGAGAGCCGCUCGCCGGUGCACCAAUUCCUCCGCGGCAUUCAAGCCCCCGCAGAUUGCGCAAGCCAAUGUGGUUAGUGGAGUUCACUCCGGAGAGGCCUCAACUUGUUCAAACGAAUAUGAUGAAUUUAAAUGGAUGACCAGUUUGGCUACUAGAUCCAUUCAAGCAGAUAUUGUUGGUGCUCUUCGCAGAGGUGAUCGGCAGCAAGCAUCCUUGUUGCUUUCAAAUCUUCAACAGACUAACAGGGCAUUGACUUCAGAAGAUUUUUCUCAUAUACUGGAAUAUUGUGCAACAGCACCUGAUCCUUUGUUUGUUACGGAGGCUUUGGAACUCAUGGAAGAGAAUGCUGUACAUAUGAGUCAAAGAGUCUACAGAUCUGUCACUCGAGCUCUCAGCAAAGGCGGGUAUUCAAAGGAGGCAAUUCACUGGCUGACUCUUUUAGUUGAGAAAGAAAGCAGUCACAAUUAUUUGCCAAUUUUUAACAUAUUUUUAAGUGGCUGCGGGAGUACCACAAAGCAGAGUGAUAUUGAAGGCUGUCUAGAGAAAAUGGAAACUUAUUUUCUUGGGAAGUCUGAAAUAACAUAUUGUGAGCUCCUGAAGCUUGCAGUUUCUCAGAGAAAUUUAUCUGCAGUUCAUGAUAUAUGGAAGGACUGCACUAGGAAUUAUAACCCAAGCAUCAUUUUACAGAGGAAAUUUGUUAGGGCCCUAACUACACUAGGGGACCUUCGAUCUGCAUAUCGUAUCAUGCAACAUAUGGUAGUCCUUGCUGGACGAAACACUGACCAUCUGAGGGGUAAAGGAAGAUACCAAAGAUCAAGACUAGACAUUCCUGUGCCUGCUUUGACUGAAUUAGAAGACCUCAAAAUUCUAUUAGGCUGUGACCUGCCAUCAUCAUUUCAAGGAAAGGUGGAGGAAUCUGAGAAAUGUUCAACUGAUACUCAACCUGAGCUGUCACAGGAAGAAAAUAUUUCAUUUGAAAAUUUGCAAUUGAAGGGUUAUGCUGAAUUCAUUUCUACUGGCGACAAUCUCUCUGACAAGUCUGUCCUAGACAAUGGGAGGAUGGCAAGGCCAUUAAGAUUGGUACCAGCUACAGUAAAGAAAUUUCUGCUUUGGUCUUUCAAUGAUAUUGUACAUGCGUGUGUGCAACUGAACAACUGCCAGAUAGCUGAGCAGUUAUUACUAGAGAUGCAAAGGAUUGGAUUGCAACCAUCAAAGUUUACAUAUGAUGGUUUUAUCAAGGCUGUCAUGGUUGGGAAAGGAGUUGCAUAUGCCAUCAAAGUGAUUGAAGCAAUGGAGAGAAGGGGUAUUGAACCUUACAAUGACACACUUGCUGCUCUCUCAGUUGGCAGUAGCAGAAGUUUACAGUUGAAUCUGGCUGAGGACUUUUUGGCAAGAAUUUCAAAGCCACAACCGAAGUACAUACACGCUUUUAAUGCUUUGCUUGCAGGUUGCGACAUGAUGAAUGAACCAGAAAGAGCUGUCCGCGUACUAGCUGAAAUGAGGCAUCUGAAUUUGAAACCGAAUCUCAGGACUUAUGAGCUUCUCUUUUCUCUGUUUGGCAACGUCAAUGUUCCCUAUGAAGAAGGAAAUGUGCUCUCGCAUGCUGAUGUUUCUAAAAGGAUCAGCAUAAUCGAGACAGACAUGUUAAACAAUGAAAUCCAACACAGUUUUGUGUGCAUGAAAAACCUGAUACGAGCUUUUGGGGCUGAGGGAAUGACAGAGGAAAUGCUGAAGUACUUGAAUGUAGCUGAAAAUGUCUUAUGGAACAUGGAUCCUUAUCAGAAAAGUGACCUCUAUUGCAUUGCCUUGCAUGCUCUGGUCAAGGCCAAGGAUACCCACAAAGCAAUAAAAACCUUCAUGACCAUCAGAUCAUACGGACUUCCAGCAAAUGUUGCAAUUUAUAAUAUUAUGAUAGAGUGCUGUAAAUUGUUGCCUUGUGUCAAAUCAGCUAGCGCUGUGCUAUCAUUGAUGCUCCGAGAUGGCUUUUAUCCUACAAUUUUGACUUUCACAUCUCUUGUGAAGGUUGUAUUGGCAAGAGAGGAUUUUGAGGGGGCGCUGGAUCUGUUGGAUGCAUGCAUAAUAGAAGGAAUUCAGCCUGACAUUGAGAUUUUCAAUACAGUACUCUUAGAGGCAUUUGAAAAGGGUCAGAUUCAUGUCGUUGAAUAUAUAGUUGAGUGUAUUCACCGAGCUAAAAUCCGACCUGAUCAAUCAACGCUUUGGUACACAUUUUGUGCCUACGUGGAUCAGGAACUGUACAAUACUGCAAUUGAAGCAUUGCAAGUCCUCAGUGUGAGAAUGAUAUCUGAGGAGGCCGAUGUUCUUAAGGAAAAAGGAGUAAUUGUAGAAGAUCUAAUCCUCAGCGAAGAGCCAGAUGCUGAAUUAAAGAUCAUGAAGACAUUUGAAGCAACUGAACAUCUUGCGACAGCCUUACUGAACUUGAGGUGGUGUGCAACAAUGGGUUCCACAAUAUCCUGGUCACCCGAGGAUAGCCUCUGGGCAAGGAGGUUGGCAUCUUCUUAUGACGGUAACAGAAGACCACAUAUAUUUACCAGUAUUGUGCCUAAACAGUUUGUGGUUUGACCAGUUCUUCCCAAAGGAUCUGUAUAUACAUAUUGAGUGUCUUGUGACUCUCUCCUGAGGGCUGAGGCAUCAGUUCACAUCCAUUGAUGGACUGGUCUCAUGCAAUUCUCCCAGCUCCACCUGCUGCUGGCAAUAGCGGUGUUCAGAGCAUCAGCAGCACAAAUUCUGUACCAAUUUCAUUGAUGGUGACGAAAAGAUCGAACCGCACAGCAGCAAUAGUUUUUUCCUAAGAUUUUGGAGACAAUAAUGAGAGGUUUUUACAAGAGCAAGAGUUGAGAGUGCUGUUCCUUGUAGCAAGACCUGCUGCUUAUGAGCCUCUGACGUGAAUUCUUUCUGAUACAUGUUGUAACAAAACCUUAGUCUGACACACUGAUAAAAAUGUUGUAGUUUAUCCCUCUUGGAGAGGCCCCUAAAAAUGAGAGCUGCACCAAGCAUUUUUCAUCGGCCAUUUUGUCAAGUAUACCAUCAAAUAUAAUCAUAUUUUCUUUAGGUUGUCUUUUGACAUCAUAUUUUUCUUCUAAUUUCUGUAGGCUGUUGUAAGUUGUAACAUGUUAAUUACUCCAUUAGCAUGGAUAAUCAGAUAAUUGCUUGUUACUGGCAGUCGGUCCUCGAUUAUUUAACAUCAAUCCUGGCUCACUAUCAUAUACUCAGAUAGCCCCACGUAUCAUAUUCAAAAGUGUCAAUAUAAUCAAAUUUAGCCAAUAAAAGGUUUAGAUUGUCAAAUUUUACUUAUGUGAAAUUUCUCUUAUGAUUUGUUUGUCUGAUACUCUGUCUGAUCGGUUUGUCAUCUGGUGCCCACCGCUUGGCCUCCGUGAGAUGGCACGAGCGCUCGUCCAGGUGGUCGGCUCGCCGCCUCCUCGCCCGCGCUCGCCGCGCCGCGUGUCGCGCCACCGCCUCCCUCUCUUCUCACCCCCCCCCCCCCCUCCUUCCUCUCUCUCCGCUGCCUACGAUAUAGGCAUCGGCGAGGGCGACGAGGGGGAUCGGAGGAGGAGGAGGCCCGAUGGCGUUGGGGGCGGUGUUCCACGGCGCGCAGCUGAUGCUGGAUCUGGCGGUGGCCGGGCUGUCGCUGGUGGUCGCGCUCGGCCUCUUCGCCGUCGUCACCGCCGUGCUCUGCUCCGCCGCCUUCCUCCACCACUCCAAGCCCGUCGCGUCCUAGCCACCCGCUGCUCAUCACCGCCGCCACAACCCCCCUCGGAAUGAGAUUGUUGUUGGAGGCAUGCCUUCUCAUGCACCAUAUGCAUAGCAGAAGGCGCACCAUUUGAUGCCAGAGCUUCCUUCAGACACUUAAUGUAGAUGCAAGUGUAGUGAAUCACACGUAUCAGGUGAUAGUUCGAUGCACUUGUAGUUGUAUGAAUGUUAUGUUUACUUGUACUAUUCUGCCGAUAUUAGCUGUUUGUAUUGUAAAUUUCCCAUUUAGUCAACCUUGGCAACUUUUAGGGUUUUACAUCUCAUAUACCUUAUGUACAUUGUUUUAUUCUUAUAUGGAAGUAUGGAAGGUUCAGCUCCUUGAGGCAAUAGAUUUCAUCUAAAAAGAGGGCCUCAAAUUUGCUUUACUUAUGAGGUGGUUAACAAAUGGACAAAAACUUGGAAGACAAUUGCGAGGAGCCGAGGACCCUCACAAGGCAUUCCAUUCUACAUGCCUCCUACAAGAAUUUUUGCUCAAGAAAAAACAUAGGUGAGGAUAUCCUACAAGGAUUUUACAACAUUUACCAAAAGAAGCUUGUUCUUGAGGAGCUACGUCUCUUGUUUUGUCCUCUUCUACUGGUCUUCUCAUCUCCUUUCUUUAUCUUGCCUACCUUUUUGCUGUAGCUGGUUGAGAGUUUGGUGGGUAUCUCAUCUUGUUCGUCCUUAGCAUGUUGAUGUCUGUUACCACCAUUCAUUUGAUGAUCUUUCUCUUCUUUGCCUUCUUGCAUCUUCACUUCAGCUGGUCCAGUGGAAGCAUCAGAAGCCAAUGAGUCGUAAUCUCCAUCAUCGUUUGCAUGGCCUUUGUUUUCUUUCCCUCUGCGCCUCUCAUUGCUAAAUCCGCUGCCAUCUUCUACGUUACUUCCUUCACUGACAAUUGCUCUCACGUCAUCACUAUGUGUGGGGGAUGCCAGGUACAUCGUCCACCCGGAUUCAUUACUGUUGCAUUCCUCACCAUCAUCCUCAAUGAGCCGAGGGGAUUCCAUCACAGGAGAUGGGGGAGACAUGAUACAAAGAAGGAAUGCCAAAGACCAAGGGGCAGAAGGAAAACAAGUCAGAAUGAAAUUGAUGGAGAAUUCUAGGAACACUGACUCUUAUGCUUCUUCAGAAACCCAUAAUAAAUGCAGCAGCGAAGGAGGGCACUGUUCUUGAUCUCGUUUGUGCUUCUUGACCUUCCACAAUCUGCGAAGAGCUCUGAAAUCUUCACCAACUAGCUAUCUUCACAGAGAGGAAGAACAGGGGAAGAAUUGGGUUGCAUGAAGGUGAAGGCCAAGAAAUUCUUCAUGGGAUGACUGUUUGUCUAUGGUUGUGUCUGUGUGUGGAAGUGUUUCAAGGGGACUGCGGAAAAGGAUGGCAGUGCCUUUAAAUGGGAAAGAUGGCCUAUCCUUCCAACUGUAUUCAUAACUUUCUCAACCAUUUCUGUACUCUCUCUUGUCACCAAAGCCAAGAAGAGACCAUUUGCUUCCAAUACAGUGUUACAGGACCAGGAGAACAUGUCUUUUGUUUGCUUUAGUACGUGUGUGCAGAUGAUGAUCAACUAAACUCAACGCCGCUGGAUUCCUAUGCUGUAUUUUUAUUUCUCCCUGUGGUUCCAAUACAAUAAUAACCCUGCAGUUCAAGCGACGAUAUUAUAUUUUGCUGCAGUUGCAUUAUAAAGCAGAUUCUUAGCUUGAUUAUGUGGCAUUCCUUUCCUCCAAGUCGGAGGAACGAACAAGCCUGACUUGUUUCUGAAGAUUUCAGUAAGGGCUUUGAGACAGGUGAGAGGCCAGAGCUUGCGGUCCUUGUAAGAAAGUUCUUCUAUCUAGUUGUUUCCUGUAGUACCCCGUUUUCUGUUGCUGAUGUGAAUUCUAAACCUGCUUACGCGGCAACAUGCAUCUUAGGUUUCCUUUAGAAAACAGGAAUCUUAAAACAAAGUAACAGGAAACAAACAUUUUAAAUUGAUAAUCAUACAAGAUUAGAAUA